ACAGUGUGUAGACACUGCUUAAAAUCGACUGAUGCACAAUCGAAAUGAGUAUCGAUUGUUACUAUAGUGAAUUGGCUUCACACGUGUUUUCUACGUACUACGAAAUUUACUGAUUCCUAAUUAUAACUAUAAAGAAUAAUUAUGGGGUUAUCUUCAGCUCGUAAAAUUAAAUCUUUGUUGUGGGUAGUAGCAGGAGGGUAUGCAAGUUUAGCUGGUAUAAGCUACUAUCGAGGAGAAGAAUCUUUUUAUAAAAAAAUAGUAAUGCCAUUAGUGCAUUUAUUGGAUGCAGAGCAAGCCCAUAAUAUAGCUGUUUACAUCAGCAAAUAUCGAUUAGUACCAAAAUCGAAAUAUAAAGAUCCUCCCUCGUUGAAAGUUGACAUUUUUGGAAGAGAAUUUACAAAUCCAAUUGGUAUUGCAGCGGGAUUUGAUAAAGAUGCCAAAGCUGUAUUAGGUCUUAAAGAUAUCGGUUUUGGUUUCGUGGAAAUAGGUUCGGUAACGCCAAUUCCUCAAUCUGGUAACCCAAAACCGAGGGUAUUUAGAUUAGUACAAGAUGCAGCCGUCAUAAAUAGAUACGGUUUCAAUAGCGAAGGCCACGAUCAAGUAUUAAAUAGAAUAAAAUCUAUAAGAAAUAGCGGCGAAGACGUUAUACUUGGUGUAAACUUGGGUAAAAAUAAGAAUUCAGUAAAUGAUGUUGACGAUUACGUCAAGGGUAUUCUAACAUUUGGUCCCGUAGCUGAUUAUUUGGUAAUAAAUAUCAGCAGUCCGAAUACCCCUGGAUUGCGCAGUAUGCAGAAGAAGGAAAUCCUCACAAAACUGUUGACUGCCACUCUAGAAGCCAGAAAUGGAUUACAGAUCGAGAAGAAACCGCCGUUGCUUCUAAAAUUAGCCCCGGAUCUUUCUACUAACGAGAAAAAAGAUAUAGCGGAUGUGCUCGAACAAAAAUCUUGUAGAGUCGAUGGACUUAUCAUUUGUAAUACCACAAUAGAAAGACCAAGCACUUUACUAGAAGAAUCUAAACACGAAAUCGGAGGAUUGAGCGGAAAACCCUUGAGAGAAAAAUCCACUGAAAUGAUUAAAGAAAUGAAAACCUUAACGAAUCUCCCUAUUAUUGGCGUAGGAGGAAUAUCAUCGGGAGAAGAUGCGUAUGAAAAAAUUAAAGCAGGUGCCGUUUUGGUUCAAAUUUAUACCGCCAUGAUAUAUGAAGGACCUACCAUCGUUACUAGAAUUAAAAAAGAUUUGGCCGAGUUGCUAAUGAAAGACGAUUUACAAAAUGUCUCAGAAGCUGUAGGUAAAAAUCUAUAAGAGUUGGAAUUGUGGAUUCUAUAACUGCUUAAUCAUAUAGGUAAAGGCCAAGUAAUUGAAAAAAAAAGAAUAACCUAUCUAGCCUCGUUACAAUAUAAAUAAAUAGAGAGUAAUUAGGUGAAUUAUUUUAAGAACAGCAAUAUAUUGCUUAAAUUUUGUACGUGAUGAUAAUUAAAACAAUAAAUUUUUCUACGAAAUGUACUAA